AUGGCGGACCAUAUCCCGGUCUCUAAUGUGGCUCCGCCUGACCGGUUUUACCUCGCCUAUUUCAUCUUCCUGCUGCUGGGCGUCGGCUUUCUCCUCCCGUGGAAUGCCUUCAUCACAGCCGUUGAUUACUUCUACCUGCUCUAUCCGACGGCCCACGUCGCGACGCUGUUUUGUGUCGCGUACAUGUUCGCCAACCUCGGCACUCUAAUUCUCGUUCUAUUGUACGGCCAGCAUGUCCCCUCUCGCACGCGCAUCGUCCACGGCUUCAUCGCAUUCACUCUCCUCGUCCUCCUCGUCCCUGCGCUUGACGCUCUUUCCGCUCCUGGCGCCACCUCUCCCAACGCCCUCCAAGACACGGACAGCCCCGACGUGGCCGGUAGAUCCGCCGCGUCGUCGCCGCUGGCGCUGGCAAUGACAGUCGCGGCGGUUGCGGCGUCGGGGGCGAUAGAUGCGGUGGUGCAGGGGAGCCUGUUCGGCAUGGCGGGCGAGCUACACGAGCGGUACACGCAAGCCCUCGCUGCCGGGACUAGUGUUUCAGGCAUCGUGGUGUCCGUAGUGCGCAUCUUAACCAAGGCAGUUCUCCCCAACACCCCCACGGGCCUGCGUCUCUCCGCGCAUCUCUACUUCCUGCUCUCCGCGCUCAUCCUGGUCGUCUGCCUCCUCGCCUUCCGCCGCCUGCACUCGCUCCCCGUCAUCGUCUUCCUCCAAUCCCAGGUCGCCGCGCUCGCCGAGGCUGAGCGCCGGGCCCGGGACAAGGCUCGGAAGGAGGCUUGGCAAUCCGGGCCUGGCUCGGGCGCUGUUGCAGCCAAGGCAAUCUGCCAUGGUGGGAGCGGGAAGGGGGAGAGAACAGGGGCGGGGAAAGGACAUGCUGGGGAGGGGCGCGUGGGGGAGAGUGUGGGGGCGGACAGACAGGCGGAAGAAAGGGAAGGAGAGGGGGAAGGAGAAGCGGAGGGGGAGGUUGCUGCGGAGGGGGGUUUGGCAAGUGAGGACGAGGCUUUAGAGCCGUUGGUGAAGCGAGAGGCGACGAUAGAGGAGGAGCAAGUGAUUCGGCAGCUGCUGCAGAUUGAAGACGAGGCGGAAUGGUGGGAGCAGGAGCGCGCGCGGGACGUUUCAGGCGCAGAAGGAGAAGGAGAAGGAGCAGGAGCAGCAGGAACAGGAGCAGCAGGAGCAGGAGCAGCAGGGGCAGGAGCAGCAGUGACAGUAAGAGAAGCAGGAGCAGAAGCAGAGUCGGUGGCUGAUGGUGCUCCGCUGAUGGAUGGGUGUAGCGCCAGCAGCAGCGAGAUAGCAGAGAUAGAAGGGGAAAGGGAAGGUGAAAAAAGUUCAGAACACGGAGUCUGUCAAGGCGAUAAGGUAGAGUAUGCUCUUGCGUAUGCACAGAGUCACAGUCAGGCGACCAGCAAGGGCAGGUACUCUCAUGGUACGGGCAAGGCAAGGAGGCGGGUGUGGGAUCGUGUGGUGUCCUGGUGGGAGCACACCUUUCGCUCUGAAGAAGCCAUGUUAGCUGAAGGCCGGGCUUUUUCCCUCCACGUACACGUACCCUCUAUAGUCGACUCCGCUCCCUCGAUAUACCGCCAGCAGUGGGAGGUCAUGCAGCAGAUCUGGCCGUACGCGGUUUCGCUUUCAAUAGUGUACAUAGUCACGCUUUCUAUCUUUCCGGGGUUUAUAGCGGAGCUCCAGUCUGACGCGCUCGGCUCGUGGUACCCCAUCCUCCUUAUAGGCAUGUACAACGUGUUCGAUUUCUUUGGGAAAAUGGCGCCGGUAGUGUUCCUGGUGACGGAUUUGAAGGUGUUAGUGGCUCUAGUACUGGCGAGAGGGGGGUUUUACGUUCUUUACCCCCUCUGUGUGUGGUGGGGCCCCCUAUGGGCUCGGCAUGAGGUCAUUAUUGCUGCUGUUACAGGGGCGUUUGGGUUUUCUAACGGGCUGUUGACGAGCCUGCUUAUGAUGGCUGCUCCGAACCAGGUGCCUCGGGACCGAGCUGAAUCGGCUGGUAUGGUGAUGGUGGUGUUUCUCGUGGUGGGGCUGUUCAUUGGUUCUCUGCUCAGCUGGGCACGUCUGGGGUUCUAA